AUGAAUCCUACCAGCUUCUUCCUCCUUACUUUGCUCCUGGUUCUGGUGACAGAACCAGCGGUGGGGAGACCCCGUGAAAGAUUUUCACAAGACACAUCUAGUGAAGACCUUGAAGUAAAAGUCCUAGGCAGCAGUGGGGGAUCGAGUUCUAUCCAAGAUGAAUACAGCCACAGUGAGAGUUCAUGGAGUUCCUUUAAAUCAAAAAGUCCCAAGACUACCUUCACUGAGGAAAUCUAUGAGGAAAGGAGGGAGAAACCGGGUGAUGGCGAUCUUAGUUUCAAGACAAGAGGAUCUCAAGAUGAAGGCAUGAGCUCCUAUAAAAGUAGAACGAAAACCAGGAUUACUGGGAAAUAA